AUGACGAAGCGAUGCCAGGAGGCCCAGCUCAGGAUGGCAGCCCCGGCCGGGCUCCUCCUGGCCACACUGUCCUUCCUUCGCUUCACGGGGACGCACGGCUACGAUCCGGAGACCUGUGGGAAGCGUCCCCUGGCGCCCUCGUAUGCGGGCAGCAUGCGGAUCGUGGGCGGCGUGGACGCGGUGCCCGGAGAGUGGCCCUGGCUGGUGAGCAUCCAGAUCCCCUCCAAGGAGGGGACGCGGCACUCCUGCGGAGGGUCCCUCCUGGCCAACAGCUGGGUCCUCACCGCCGCCCAUUGCUUCAAGACCAAGAGGAGGUCCUUGGGUCAGUGGCGGAUUGUGUUGGGCAGCACGGACCUUGCAGAGAUACUGGACACUGCGGAGCUGCGCUCGGUGAAGAAGGUCAUCCUUCACCGGGAUUACAAUCCACGCAACGAGGCCAACGAUGUGGCGCUCAUGGAGCUGGACACCCCUGUUGCCUUCAGCGACUACGUGCAGCCGGCCUGCCUGCCCCGCAUCACAGAUGAGAAGACCACCUACGCCAGCUGCUUCAUCAGCGGAUGGGGAACCACCUCCCAGAAUAGUGUGAAGACGUCAGAUGUCCUGCAGGAGGCCAAGGUGAACAUUCUGGAUGUCCAGAAGUGCAACAGCAGCGAGUGGUACAGCGGGGCCAUGAGUCCGCACACGCUGUGCGCAGGGUACGAGGAAGGCGGCAUCGACAGCUGCCAGGGAGACAGCGGGGGGCCCUUGAUGUGCAAGACGUCGGCGGAGUCGCUGUACUACGUGGUGGGCAUCACCAGCUGGGGCAAAGGCUGUGCCCAGCCCAACCGGCCCGGCGUCUACACCUCCACCAAGGACUACAUUGAGUGGAUCGUAGGCACGAUGUUGGAGGAGGAAGGGGGCCAGACCCAGGAAACCACAACGACACCUUCGGCCAGCACCCCUCUGGGUGGCAUCACACUCCUUCCUUCGAGCAGCGCUGCCACAGAGGACAUCUCUUCCACCUCAGAGCUGCCUUCAGAUGAACCCACCAGCUCAGAAUGGGCCACCAUGGCCCCCACAGAAAGGCCUGAGACCAUAGUAGAAGUGAGCAACAUCCCUCUCCCCAUGGAGACGUCUUCAGCGCUUUCCAACACCACACCGACCUCUUCGUCUACAAUGACCUCGACAGUGCGUACCACCCCAAGGCCACAAACCGUCGGGAACACCACCUUGGAAGACACGGAGCCGACUAUCAUCAUAGAGCCCCCCUUCAUUCCUCCCACAUAUGCGGCCCCGUUGCUAGAAGCCCCCUACCUCCCAUUGGAGCGGACGAUCACCUUGGAGCCCCCGUUCUUCCCCCAGGAAAUGGCUCCCACUGCAAUUGACCCGCCCUACAUCCCGAAGGAGGUCCCUCCCACCCCUCUUGAGUUACCCUUCCUCCCCCAUGAGGUCACCGUCACCCUUGAGUCCCCCUAUAUCCCCUCCGAGGAGCCCUACACUACACCUGAGCCCCCUUUUAUCCCUUCAUUACCCACCUACAUCACUCCAAGGCCGGAGUCUUCGGAGUCGCGGCCUUCUCUGCCGCCUCCCUACCUCCGCAUAGAACGGCCCCCUUACACCCUGGAACCCCCUUACAUUCCCCAGGAGGUGAUGCCCACUCCACCGCUGCGCACUCUGCCUACGACCAUCACCACCACCACCACCACCACUCAGAGGACACGUCACGAGACCUUGGAGAUGAGAGGAACUGCCAUGGGACGGGGAGUUCUAUGUGACAUCGUUCGGAACACGGCUGUUUAUGACGCCAGGCGCUGA